AUGUCUAUGGAAUUCGGAAAUGUUCACUCGACGGCCAUUGAGGGCGCAACUUUUACCUUCAAUCUCGACGAUGCGCCAGCUCAAAAGCAGAAGGAUGGCACACCUUUGAAGCCUUGUCCCAGGACCGAUUGCGUCGCACAUCGAACAAAGCAAACGCAGCUUGAAUGGGAGCUCAAAGAAGCGCGCAUGUUGGCCCAACAAAAGGAAGAGGAGGUGUCGACAAGAGUCGCCCAGCUCGAAUCCUAUGACCAAAGACUUCAAGCAGCACAUAUCGAUCUUGCAGCUUUUGAACCUAUCGUUGCGAAACUAGAAGCAGGCUAUAUCGAAGAAAAGAGAAAGAACGAAAAUUUCGCAGUUCUCGAAGAAAGAUACAUUCAAGAGAAGCGGAAUCUCGAAGCAAGAUAUACCGCAGAGAAAAAGAAGCAUACCGUCGAGUACGAGGAUCUAAGAGAGAAACACUUUGACCUACAGGAUAAAAUGGCCGCGGCAAGAGACGAUAAUGCUACUACUGUAGAGAAUCUCCAACGGGAAAUUACAAGGUUGGAGUUAAAGAUUGUAGAGAAUGACAAAUACCUCGAAUAUGUGGAAACUCAAGCGAAUGGUAGGGAACAGAGGUGCAUUGCUAGGGAAGCCCGAUGUGAGGCUAUGGAGGGAGAAAAGGGUGAUUUGAAGCGCAAUAUAGUAGAGCUCCAAAAGGUUAUCGGUGAAUUGGAGACCAAAAUGGAAGAUAUGCAAGCGGAAUCCGAAACAUUGACUUACGAGUUGAAAAACUACAAGGAAGAUUUGGCGGAAAAAAUAACCGAGAACGAAAAGCUCACAAAACGUGUGGUCGCUGAAAAGGAAAGAACCGAUAAUUACAGAAACGAUGCUAGACAGAUUCAAAAAGAAAACAAAGAGAUACAAAAGGCAUCGGAGAAAAAAGAGCAGGAAACUCAGGCGCUUAUUAAAGGCAUGGAAAAGGGCAGCAAAGAUCUGGUGGCAAAAGGAGGAGUUGGAGCGUCACCAGAAGUGCAAAAGCUGAUGAGAGACUAUAUCGAGAUGUGCCGCAGUAUCAUACAGCAGAUUAUAGACACUCGAAAGGCUCAAAUUCCAGUUUUCGACCCAGCCCCAGGAACUUAUCAACCCAAGGACGGUGAGAGCAGUGAAAAUUCAGCGGCAGGUAGCAAAGAUUCUAGCGAGAGUAGCAGCAGCAGCAGCUCUUCUGAAGACGAGGAUGAGGAAGAAGGGGAGGAAGCGGUGGAGGGAGAAGGAGAAGGUAGUCCCGAUCUCCAACUCAUCAACAAAAAAACCAGACGUCGCGGGCAUGGCCCUGCCGCUGGUCCUGAGAUUCAAAUUCAGAUUAAAGAAGUAGAAGUGAUUCGAGAAGUUCACAUUCCCGGCCCUGAAAUUCUCGUUCCAGGUCCUACUAUCGAAGUUCAGGUCCCUGGUCCUAUUCAAUACGUUGAUCGCGAGAUACCUGUGCCAGGACCUAGCAUAUUCGUCGAUAAACCAGGCAAAGAUGUCCCGGGGCCAAUUCGUUAUACACCAUUCCGAGUGUUCGCUCACAAUCCCGUCAUUUGCUGGCUCUUGGUCGAAUUCAAUUUCCUCGUUCUUUUCUUCCACUGGUGUAAGCGUAUGUUGAGCUUUCUUAGUCGGUUCCCUGCAAUGACUAUCGGAGUGGGCCCUUGGAACCCACCACCUCCUGAUGACGAUGACGAUUCCGACGACGAUAAUGCAGCUGGAGAACCUCCGGAUGCUGAUAGAAUACCCAAAAUUGGACCUAAACUUCUCUCUGUAUUAUUCAAUCCAAAGCCUGGAAGAAUACCAAACGCCUGGGAUACUUUUUGGGGCUUGGCGUUUCAUAUGAUCGUCUAUAGUGUACUUUGGUUGUUUCUCUCGGUUGCCUACGAACGCAAGCUUUGGCUUGCAGAAAACGAUUCUACUCGUAGAUGGCUUCAUCAAAUAAUUGCGCAGCACGGCGGUAAUGGUUUCCUUGGUAUGAAUCAAAUCUUACCUCAACGUGUCAUUCGCCUAUUAGAGAUAUGGAGGUUUGAACUUGUGGAGCGUAUGGGCUAUCCUGUCGCAUAUCAGUUCCCUGGUUGA